CACUGCUUUAGUUCUCAUGAGCAGGAAGAUUUGCUUGAAGCUAUCCUGAAACUGGAACCCAGGCUGGUUUGUUUGCCAGCCAGUGCUUCACAGCUGUCAGCCUCAGUCGCAAGUGGCAGCUACUCUGAGUAGCUUCCGUGCAUUAUGAAGAAUUUUUCAUUUCCUAUGCAGGAUAACACACAUCAGACCGAGAGUCCUCCUCCUCACAGAUUCCUGAGUUUGACAAAUCAGUCAGAUCCUAUUGGAAGACCAGAAAGAGAUGAGCAAUUAGCUCAAGUAGAGAUUGCUGUACUGGGGGUCAUAUUUCUGACAGCGUCUGUGGGCAAUUUCAUUCUUGUACUGGUGCUGUGGCGAAGAAGAAAGAAGCUGUCUAGGAUGUAUGUAUUCAUGCUUCACCUCAGCAUUGCUGACUUAGUGGUAGCCUUUUUCCAAGUGCUGCCUCAACUCAUAUGGGAUAUUACAGAUGUUUUCAUAGGGCCAGAUUUCUUGUGCAGAAUUAUCAAGUAUCUACAAUUGCUGGGCAUGUUUGCCUCUACUUAUAUGAUAGUGGUCAUGACAGUGGACAGAUAUCAAGCCGUUUGCUACCCUAUGGUCACUUUCCAAAAGAAGAGAGCUCUCUGGAACAUCCCCAUUUGCAGCAGCUGGUCUAUAGCACUGAUUCUUAGCCUACCACAGGUAUUUAUCUUUUCUAAGACUGAAAUAUCUCCAGGUGUCUUUGAAUGUUGGGGUGAAUUUAUUCAGCCCUGGGGCCCAAGGGCAUACGUGACUUGGAUUUUUGUAGUUAUAUUCUUCAUUCCCUCAGCAAUCCUUAUCACAUGCCAGGUCAAGAUUUGCAAAAUAAUCAGAAGAAACAUAAAUGUGAAAAAACAGAAUGAAUGUGAAGCAACAAAUCAGAAUCAAGUCCUGCCAUCCCGAGCAAGCAGUGUGAACUGUAUUUCAAAGGCUAUGAUCAAGACAGUAAAAAUGACAGUGGUGACAGUUGUUGCCUAUGUUCUCUGUUGGUCUCCUUUCUUCAUUGCCCAGCUGUGGUCUGUGUGGUUCCCCAGCAUCCUGACCGAAGGUUCGGCAUUCACCAUUAUAAUGCUCCUUGGCAAUCUAAAUAGCUGUGCCAACCCAUGGAUUUACAUGUAUUUCUGUGGCCAGAUCCCAUAUUGCACAAGUAAGCAGCUGGACAAUACCUCGGCUCAAGAGGAAUCCGUGUUCACGGGGAGCAUUCAUCUCGCAGACAGAGACCCUGAGGAUAACAGUACUGCUGCAUAAAUGCUGAGAGCUUUUUGUUGUUUUGUUACAUUCCCUCUGUUCACAAGACAUAUCGAUAGUUUACCAUCAUCCCUUAUUUUGUGGAUAAGGAAACUGGAAAAUUGUUUUUUUGUUGUAAAAAUAUGUUUCUCUGCAGUUCUCUAGUGUAUUCAGGAAGUUUCUGUGUUGUGCAAGCCUGACUCAGUGUUUCAAUCACCACUGUCUUAUAAGAAUGAAUUCCUGUAAAGACUGACAAAGAUACAUAAAAGUAUCUUAGAUAUUUUGUGUCCUAAAGUACUUCCCCGUCUGUAAUUCUGGAUUUCUAAGUAGUAAAAUUUUAUUGCUACCUGGUCCAACAAAUUGAAACAUAAUUGAAAAGAAACCUGAUCUAAUUAAACUUAAAUAUGUUUUCAGAGUAAACCAUGAAUUGUUCAUCAUUCUGGUGUGACUGAGAGACAGUGACAAAACUUCAGAAGGCAGCACAAAGUCAGAAAAAGCUUUUGCCAGCUCUUACUAGAACCUAGUUUAAAUUAACUCUUUAUGUACAUUUAUAAAAUGUCAAGCAGAUUAAUAUAAUUAAAAAAUUGAAAGAAUUUCGUGUGCUUGUGACAUUGAACCCCUGCUUCAGUUUCAAAUUCCAUUGUGCAUUGCAGGUAUCAGCAGCAUAGCAGCAGUUCAGGUUUUUUGGCUUCACACCAUGGGAUUUGAUUUUCCAUGCAUUUCCUGAUGUGUAAGCAGUUAACUGGACACCUACACAUGCCCCAUACACACACAUAUAUACAUACUAUAAAUAGAAGUGGCUGCUAAGAGUGACACUGUUUUUUGGCAUUCAGACCCAUUCGUUCUAGCAUGGGAUUUAUUGGCACAGAACCAAUUAUUAUUCUAUUCCUUAGUACCCCUUUAGUUUCAAGUUCAAAUAUUUCCCUUUGCUGUAAAAAUAAAUCCACAUAUCUUUAUUUCAAAUGCCCUUUGGUUGCUGGUUUGUGGGUGUUAUGUCCAGGUAGCUAUUUAUUUCCUUUCGAUGUCUGCAAACUGAUCAGAGGAACAUGGAAGGAAUAUCAGCAAGGCUCUUUCAGGUGAGAAUGGAUCUGCAUACC